AUGGUUAAUGGAAGCAACUGCGGCUUCGUGUACCCUCUUACGGACUUGGUACAUCACACUUGCUCCUGUGGUGAUGGAUAUAUGAACGACGAAGGGACUUUGAUUGCAGGUAGCGUGAUCAAAGCGGGCUAUGCUCUCAGACGCGCCGAAUACCAUGCGCAUAAGGAUUGUAAAAGAUGCGCAGUGGAUGCGCUAAAAUGCCAUACGCGCCGGCAACAACUCAGCCCGUCGAACACUAACACGACCAUCACAGCGCCUCCAGAUGGAAUCUUCGAAUUCUUCUUUCCCGGCGACGGCGUUUCCGAGAGCGUGCUUCGAGCAUUCCUUGAGAGGAACAACCUUGGCAGCACCACUUGCCUGCCAGGACGUCGCUUCAUGGGCGAGAACGGCUUCUUUGUGCGUUCUAGCUUCCGCCUCAACGGCCAAGACCAGAAACAGCUCAAGGCGCUCACACUAUUGGAGCAUCGUGGAGAGCAAUGGAAGGGUCGGCUCCUACGCGCGGCGCCGCCCUCGAGGCAACCAUUCAACGAAUUCACCAGCUAUCUAAAGCUAAACCCGACCACCUCUCCUAGCACAACCCAACUGCUCACCACAUCUCCCUUGACGUCAGCGCCAAAGCAGAGCCCACAGCACCAAGACCCCUACAUUCGUCGUGGCGUGGAUAACAACGAUCAAGUCAGCUCCCGGUAUGACCGCACUAGUACCGAGUUCGAAGAAGAUCUAUCUCAGGUGACUUCUCGAGCGAGCCAGAUGGCUGUGUCUGGCAGGCGAAAGGAACGAUCACCACAGCCAACUCCGUACGGUCGAAAUUCAAAAGAUAGCAUUCAGAACCCCAGAAACCAGAAUGAAGACAGUUACGAGAUCCGGCAAGGGGUGCCCCCUGGGUUCCGCAUCCAAGGACCCCGGAAUCGGAAUGAAAGCCAGCAAUCUUAUGCAACUGAUCAGAGGACUGAAAGCCGCGGUCGCUCCAGUCGACCACAGCAGGGCGAUUCUCCCAACGAAGAAGCUGCGUUCAGCCAGCCGAUCCCUUCUGAGGAGCGUUUUACAGGCGCGGAAGGUGAUCAGCGUGAGUCUGGUGAACGACACAGCUCGCGCCCUGACCCGACCCGACGUUCUUCAACCUUUCAUGAACCUCUUGGAAAACGGAUCACACCCGAGGCCCAGACACGGUCAAGACAUCAUGCAGCAGUCACAAGGCAAGAUGAAAUGAGACAUCUGGACCGAGACCCACGCGAUAGCUUCACCCGGCGGCAAGAGAGCUACAGCGGUUCAGACACAAGACCCGGCCGUGCACCAAUAAGCCCCAACACACCUGCGACAGUUUACAGGCGUCCUACCUAUGGCGGUCCAGACACAAACUAUGGUCAUACAACCACCCCGUACAGCACCACAGCUUACGGCACUCAAAGCUAUGGCGGACCAAACACGAACUACGGCGCUGCAACAACUGGCUACAUCUCGCCCGCGACGACUUAUAGCACAUCUCCAACCACCGCGGCCAGGAAUCCAAUAUUCAAGGAUCUCUCUCGCGCCGAACCCCGGGCCCAUGCAUACGACAUUCAAAAACAUGCUAACACCCCAAACCAGCCAGCCAGCCACAUUGCCCGAGCAACGAGCCCAGAGCCAAAGUCCGGCAUACCACAAGCCCCUCCAGUCCAGAGGGUCAGAUCUUCUCUCCCUGCUACCGACAUCGACCAAGAGGUGCUGAUUCUAUAUCUGAAGCACUACGUCGACCCCAAAGCUCGCAUCACGGUGGACGACCGUAACGUCUUCGUUGUCGAAGCUGCCCGCAAGCUGACGAACCACGAGAUAGAGGACAUCACUGAGGACUCCAAGAGCUGGCAGCGUGAGCGGGAGAAGGGAAAGGGGAGAGUAUCAUAUCAGGAAUCUGAGACUGCUCAGAGGCGAAAGAGACAGCGCGGUGGGACGCGACACUCAACAGCUUAA